AGCACAGAAUUUAGGUUAUGGAACGCACUGUUCAUAGACUAAAAAUAUUCGAUUCAUUCUCGUGCGCUACUAGAUUCCUAGAUUAGAAGUAACUCAAAUCUAGUGUUUGGAUAUUUAAUCCAAAGAUCUUUUGGAAUAUUAACAUUUUAAAAUAUGAUCAGAUUUCAAGUAAAUAUCUACCGUAGCUUAAAUUCCAAGUGUGUGGGUCCAUCAUCUACCUUGGCAACUCUUUCUAUUCUGUCACAUGUGGUCUGUCAGAUUUGAAGCUAAAUGUCAAAUAAAAUGCAUUUCUGGUGUCGGUUUCGGGUGUUGAAUUGUUAUUUGUAUUACAUCAAUAACAUUGCUUCUUAGAAAGCAAUUACCGUCGAUAGAAGCAUUUAUUCAUUAAUAAUUAACUCGACACUCUAACACUUGCCGUUAGUACAGUUUCACACAAUAAUCUCGAAUGUAAACUUCGAAUUACCCGGAUUUUAACGAUUUAUAAUUGAAUCCAGUCACAAUGAGCGCUGCGGAGGAGAAGGGGAAUAAUAAUGACGAAGAAACAGCCCUAAACGAAGAUUUACUGAACUUAAAUACAGAAACAAGAUCUGAAAGUGAGUUACCAAGUAUAAAAUCCGCAAUUCCUGAAGAUGCUGUUGGCGGUAUAUCUAAGAAUAAUCUACUGUCACCUAGCAAUGUCUUAGAAGAAAGCCUUGAUAAAGAAAUCGGUGAUACAGAAGUUGAAAAAGCAAAUGAAAACAUAAAUAUAGACAAGAAAGACAAAGAUCAGAAUCUAGACUUUGGCACAGGAAGCGGUGAUACAGCCAAUGAAGCUAAAGAAACUAUAAUUGAUAGAAAUCCUGCUAUCACAUCUAUGGAUAUGUCCGUAGACUCAACAGAUGCUGAUGAUAUGGAAUUAAAAUGGGAUGAAGAUGAUGAUGACGAAGGUGAUGAAAAUAAUACUAAUGUUGAUCAACUCACAGAAGAACAACUAUUACAAGAUGAUACUAGUAAUACUGAAAUGACUAAAACUAUUGUUAAAGAUAGUGAAGUUAUUGAUGAAACUAUUUUGGAUUCAGACUCAAAUGCAGAGAAUUCUGAAAAUAGAGAAAAACCUGAACAAAAUAGUACAGAAGAGGUUUUAGACAGUGAAGAAAUGGAGAGCAUAGACACUGGUAAAAGAGAAGUAGAAAAUGAUAAAGAAAUAGACAAAUUAAAUACCGAAAGUAGUCUUGUCAAAGAAGAUAGUCAAGAAAAGACAGAGGAAUUGGCACUUUUGUCUUCUGAUAGUCUAGUUGAGGAACUUCUAGAUGAUGAUAAAGAUAUAGAUCUAGAAGUAGCAGAAAUUCAGAAGAUAAUAGAAGAUACAAGAACUAAAUGCAAUACUGAUGAUGAUGACAAACAUACAGAAUUAAUUGAUGAUGGUGAUGAUUUAAGUAAAGAAAACGAAGAACGUUUAUUAGAAACAGAUAAUAGUCCAAUUGACAAAAUACCUGAAACUGAAAUGGAUGUGUCUAUGGAUAAUAUAAAUGAUGUUAAUGAAGAAGAAUUACUAAAAGGUAAUGAAAAAGAAGUUUUAGAUGAUAGUCAAUCUAAAACAAGUGAAGAAAUUGUUGAGGAGAAUAAAAAAGCAGUUACAAAUGAUGAAAUACAAGUUUUAGAUGAUGAUCAGAGCAAAAUCAGUGAAGAAAUUGCUGAGGAAAACAAAAAAGAAGUUAUGGAUGAUGAAAAACAAGUUUUAGAUGAAGAUCAGAGUAAAAUCAGUGAAGAAAUUGCCGAGGAAAACCAAAAAGAAUUUAUGGAUGAUGAAAAACAAGUUUUAGAUGAAGAUCAGAGUAAAAUCAGUGAAGAAAUUGCUAAGGAAAACAAAAAAGAAGUUAUGGAUGAUGAAAAACAAGUUUUAGAUGAUGAUCAGAGUAAAAUCAGUGAAGAAAUUGCCGUGGAAAACAAAAAAGAAGUCAAAAAUGAUGAAAAGGGAGUUGUGAAUGACAAUAACCAGGACGAAAUAAGUGUAGAGUUACACAAAGAUGAUGAAAACCAAGCUAUGAAUGUUGAUAAUACAGUUAAUGAUCAAACUGAAAAUAAUGAUCAAGAAACUACUACUUCAAAUGAAGAUAAAACAACUGAUGAUGAUCAAAAUAAAAUGGAUGAUGAAAACAGUCAAAUGCCAUCAAACUUGACUGAAGAAACUAUUGAAAAGGCAGAUCAAACUCCUGAAACCUUAGAUACAAGUGAUAAACUUGAUUCUAAUACUCCGAACGAAAAAGAAAAAAUAGAAUUAGUACCAGAAAGUAAAUCCAAUGAAAAUAUAGAGGAAAAUACAAUUUCAGAUGAGGAUAGACAAAAUACAAUUGACCAAAACGCAAAAUCAGUUAAAAAACUACUAGAUGACUUAACAAAGGGAGAUGUUAUUGAAGAAACUGAAAAAUGUGAAAUAGAAACUAAAAUAAAUGAUGAAAAUAAAGAAUUAACCAAUUUAACAGCUGAUAGUAGUGUUGAAACAGAAGAAAAAACUAAAACGAAUGAAGAAUUACAAGAAAAACAUGAGAAAGAAAUACCCAAAGCCAAUACAAUAGAAGGAGACAGAAAAUCAAAUAUAUGUCUAGAAGAUUCUCCUAUUCGUGUGAAACAAGCUCAUAGUCUGCACAAACCUGACGCGAUGCUAGAAAUACCUUCACAAGACUUAAUUGAUAUUGACGCAGAACUGUCCAUGAAUUUAGAGCAAUCGGAUAUUCUAGACGCUAAGAGUGAUAAAGAUGUUGGAAAGAAUAUAAAAGAUAUUGUUGAAGAUGUAGAGAAAGAGAAAGACAGAAGAAAGGAUGGAGUACAAGAGACCGUUGAAGAAGGUAUGGAGAGGAUGUUCGCAGAUAAUCCUGUUGUAAAAGAUACAGAUGUUACAGACAUAAAAAGCAAGGACACCCAACAAGCGACCCUCAUGGAAACUGACCCCCACGACUUGCCGGAGAUGACGGACAGCUUGGGUCUGCUGGCGGAGUCUGCGAGGGGGAGAGGGGAUGAUGAAGAGAACGAUGAUGAUGAUGACGACUAUCGUUAUGAAAGCAGCAACCAAGUAUCCCCAGACCAGUCGGACGACUCCAACGCCCCGCAUUCAGAGACCGAUGCGGUGAGAGAAACACAGAGCGAGAAAGAGAUAGAGUCGCCGGGAGUGAGGGAGAGCGAGUUCCAGUUUACCAUUUCUAACGUAGAGAGUACUUCUCCUGAGAAAGUCAGGAGGAAGGAGGUUGAGAAGAGAAAUGCUACACCUGAAGUUGAUGUUCCUAUGCAAGCAGAAUCGGAAGCACAAAUGGAUGUUCUUGAUCAAUCACAAAACGAGGUUUCAUUAGAUCAAGAGAAACAAAUGGAUGUAGACACAGUCAAACUGUCAGACACAUCUGACAAUGAGGAGAAAGAUCAGAACCAGCUUACAUCAAGCCAGAUGAAGGAAAGAGAUGAAAAGACUCCAGAUCGAGAACCCAAGACCUCACCAAGCAAGUCGACCCCGAUCCAACAAUCGCCGUCCAAAACCUCACCGAGCAAGAUCAAAAAAUUAGAGAUAAAAAAAUUACUACCGAGUCAAAUUGUCAAUAUAGUAGAUUUACAAGAAAGCAGUUCUGAAGAUGAAUUACAACCUCAGGAAGAGGACCCAGAGCCAACCCCCGAAGCCUCCCUCCCCCCCUCCCCGGACCCCACGGUGACGACCAUCAACUUCCCGUCAGGCAUCGAGGUGAUGACUUCCGGCGGAACUACGUCAGAGCUCGUCUCUAUGGAGGGAGAGAUCGUCGUUAGCAUACCGAUACAGAAGCCGCAUCGACCUACUAGACUGAACACCAGUGAAGUGACUAUUAAGACUGUUAGCAACACUGAACCCAUGGUGAUACCAGAAACUAAGAUAAACUUGCCACCGGAAACGCAGAUCAAACCCAAGCUAGGUCUAGAAAUAUUCAGUCUAGAUUCAGACGAAGAUGAAAGCGUUCCUAAAGCGCCCUCACCGCAAUCUCCAGAAAAACCUCAAACGCCAGAGCGUCGUAUCAAAUGCAUGAACUAUUCGUGCUCUAGUGACAAUAAAGUACCAUUCUUAGUGGCAGAUGCCAGGGUCACCGCUUUCUAUGAAGCCGGCAGGAAACGACGUACCAUGGUGUGCGAGAAAUGUGCCAACGUUGUUUACAGUAGGGCUGAGGAACUAAUCGAAGGCAUAAAAGAUUUUACCCCACUGUUGGACCUGCAAAUGAGCAACCAGUCCCACGAGUUGGUGGAGAUAUCCGACUCUGAAUCUGAGGAUGAGGAGGAGGACCCUCAACCGGUCAAGGAGAAUAUUGGGGAGAAGACUGCCAAGUUUCUAGAAGAGAACUUGGCGGAGAUGUUCAAUAGUACUUGGAAGAAGUAUGAACUCGACGCGAGGCUCAAAGAAACUCAGAUCUUGCUGGAGGAGGAGAUGGAUCAUAUUGAACGUGAGACAAAAGAUCUAGACAACGUGUUCGCAUCGUACCAGCAACUGACGGACACCUUGCGCCGCGACUUAUACGCCACGUUCUCACCCACGCGUGAGGAACUGCCCGUGUUGAUUAUAGUGGACAAGCCGGGGCUUAAGUUUGUUGGACAUGAAACGCAUCAUGUUGAUUCGUUGCAGAUUCGUGCCGAGAAGCGUCGAAAACCAAUCACGAGUGAACAGCCAGUUAAACGACCCGCUAUACCAUUGGGGUAUGCACCGUUGGAUGAUUCACCUAAAGAUAAGAUAGUUCCAGAUAUCAGAUUAGCUCAGUUAGAGGAAGACAAAGACAUAUCAGUGGUCCGUCUGUCCAUGGAGUUGGCCCCGGCCGACUUGCCUCCCCCGGGGACCAUAUCUCGCCCACCGCUGCGCGUGGGCAUGCCGGUCUACGCGAUGAAGAACGCCUUCGGGCCCUGGCUGAAGGGCCGGAUACUGGAAAUACAGCCGAGAGCACCUAAUACACCUAAUUCAUUCUCGGUGUGUCGCGUCAAAUUCGAUCACAAAACGAAAACCAACGCUAAAAUAUUACCGGCGCGGUGCGUGGCCUAUGCGGAACCCUCUGAUGUCAGAAUGACCAUUGGUACUCGUCUCAUAGCUUUAUUCAAGGACUCGAAUAAAAGGGAAUCGUAUUAUUCCGGUGUUGUCGCCGAGAUACCUAACCCCGUCAAUAGUUACAGAUACUUAGUAUUCUUCGACGACGGUUACGCCCAGUACGUUCACCAUCCCUUCACGAGGCUGGUGUGUGAGAGUUCACCCCUCGUGUGGGAGGAAGUUCAUCCUUUCUCAAGGGAAUUCGUAAUGGACUACCUUCUGAAGUACCCCGAGAGGCCCAUGGUGAGGCUGCAUGAGGGACAGCAUCUGAAGACUGAGUGGAAUGGCAAGUGGUGGCCGUCGCGCGUGUCCCGCGUGGACGCGUCGCUGGCGCAGGUGAUGUUCGUGGGCGACGGGCGGCGCGAGUGGGUGUACCGCGGGUCCACGCGCCUCGCGCCGCUCUACCUGGCGCUGAAGGCCGCCGAGAGGCACCGCCCCCGCCCCAUGCCCCGCAGCAAGGCGCAGCCCGGGUCAAACAUGCCUUACGUAGAAUACACGCGGUCAGAUGAACCGGAAGCGCCCAAACAGCAGGAAACUCAGGUAGAGCAACAGCAAGCUGAGGAAACCCGUCACCAACGCGCCGUAGCUAAGAAGUCGACAGCAUCCCACGUACCACCACCACCACAAGAUGUCCCCAAAAUAAACGUUCACGACUCCCAUGCAAAGGAGAGUCGAGUUGUGUACUACACGCCAAAGAACGCGGUACGUCCUUACAAGAUGACUCCUCACCGCUGCGGGCCGCAGUGCAAGAGGUCUGAUGUCCUGACCCUCAAGGAGUUGAGGACCUACAACCCUCUAGCCAAGCCCUUGCUGAGCGGCUGGGAGAGACAACUGGUCCGUUUCAAAGGCAACAAGGAAGUGAUGUACCGCGCCCCCUGCGGGCGGCGCCUGCGCAACAUGCGCGAGUUACAUCACUACCUGCGGCUCAUCACUAGCGAGCUGCCCGUCGACCUGUUCGACUUCAACCCCCUGACGCACUGUCUAGCCGAGUUCGUCAUGCACAAGUGUCUUGUUGGGAAAAAGGACCUGUCUCACGGUAAAGAGAACGUGCCAGUCCCCUGUGUGAACUUCUUCGACGAAUCUCUUCCGGAGUUCUGUUCUUACAAUACGGAGCGGACGCCCACUGCUGGGGUCCCACUCAACUUGGACCCGGAGUUCCUGUGCGGCUGUGACUGUACUGAUGACUGUGCGGAUAAAGAGAAAUGCGCGUGUUGGCGAAUGACACUAGAGGGUGCCAAGACCAUUGGGCUAGAAGGCCCAAGCGUGGGCUAUGUGUACAAACGACUGCCCGAGCCACUGCCAUCCGGGAUAUAUGAGUGUAAUUCUAGAUGUAAAUGUAAAGACACAUGUCUGAAUCGCGUCGCGCAACAUCCUCUACAGUUGAAAUUGCAAGUGUUUAAAACCGAGAACCGCGGCUGGGGCAUCCGCGCCCUCAACGAUGUGCCCAAGGGCUCCUUCCUGUGUGUGUACGCUGGCAACCUGCUCACCGACGCUACUGCUAACCUGGAUGGUCUGAACGAAGGUGACGAAUACCUAGCCGAGUUAGAUUACAUCGAGGUGGUGGAACAGAUGAAAGAAGGUUACGAGGAAGACAUUCCUGAAGCUGACAAGAAACUGGAUAAGAAAGAUCAGAAUCAAGAUGAUGAUGAUGAUGAAGAGAGCGAGUCUUCACCAUCGGAGGAUGAUGAUACCGCCUCCAAGACUGAUAAAGAAGAUGAUGACUUCAGACCCGGUCAUAUCGGUUUAGGAGUUAUGGAGUUCAAUAAGCGUCUAAGAAGACGCGGUAAGAAGAUUAAAGAAGAGCCCGCAGAAGAGAGUACUGUUGCAGCGAGCGCGGAGAAGAAGGACCCGAACGGUGAAGAAGAUUGUAUCACCAUCAGCGAUGAUGAAGAAGUACGAGAGCCGUCAAGUUUCACAGUCAAAGCUGGCAUGGGAGCAAACGACUUUGUAUCUAAAUACAGGUCUGUCCGAUCGUAUUUCGGCGAAGAUGAAGCAUGUUAUAUAAUGGACGCGAAAGUACAAGGGAAUAUUGGAAGAUACCUUAAUCAUUCGUGUUGUCCAAACGUUUUCGUCCAGAAUGUAUUCGUGGACACCCACGACCCUCGCUUCCCCUGGGUAGCGUUCUUCGCUCUCUCCCACAUCAAAGCGGGCACAGAACUUACAUGGAAUUACAACUAUGAUGUAGGUUCGGUUCCCGGGAAGGUAUUGUAUUGUUACUGUGGUGCACCCAACUGUAGGGGCAGGCUGUUGUAAAGUAGGUCUUAUUGUGGAUAGAGUAAGGUUGGAAAUGAAUAUUGUAUCUUAUUUAGGUAUAUUUAUAAUUGUGUUCGAUACAGGCUGUUGUAUUAUGGAUCUUAUAGAAAAGUAAAUAAGGUUGGAACUAAAAAAAUGUAUGUUUUUAUGGCUGAAUGUUGUAAAAUUGGUCCUAUAACAAUGAAAGUAAGAUUGAAAUUUAAGUGAAAGUCUCCCUAUGCCAAUAGGUUUGAAACACAAUAAGACAAUUUCCUAUUUAGUUCGCUAGUUUUAAUAUAUUCAACCUAUCUUUUUGACUGUAGUUUUAAUGGCGUCAAUAGGGUAUUUGAUUUGUCCGUCAGACAAAUUUUCAAAAAUAUUGGAAACGUAUUCUUUUUCUUACCUCGUAAACAAAAAAUGAAGGGGAUACAGUGAUUUAAAACUCGUGUGACGUCACUUACCAGUACGCUUUUUACUAGCAAGUGAUGCUACUAGGCCCCACUACCAUACAUUUUGUCCUCUUAAGUGCUUUUAGUAGAAAACCUAUCUAACUAUACUAGGACUAGAUUUUGUUAGUCAAUACCCUAAUAACCGAUUACAAUUUUAUUUAAACUAACUCUAACACCUAACCCAUUGUGUGACCUUUCAUAAUAAAAAUUGUGUUAAACUUAAAUCUUGAACUGCUAAUUUGAAUCUUAAACCUAUAUGAAUAAGACUGUAUUUUAUACUUAUAUAAUUUGUGAUUUCGUUAAGUUAAUAUAUUAAAUAAGUUGCUAAGUACACUGGCAAUUAUCAAUUGUCUGGUUGUGUCGAAUUUUAAACUGUAUUAUUGUUUGUUGUGCAGAAGUGGUUUUACAUAAUCUAUCUAUAUAAAUAAAAAUAAUAAUUAAUGGAUU